AUGUGGUGGGAUUGGAAGAGAAUCAUCCACUAUGAGCUACUCCCAUCGGGCCAAUCACUCAAUUCGGACCUACACUGUCAACAACUGACCAGAUUGAAGCAGGCGAUCGACGAGAAGAGGCCAGAAUUGUCCAAUAGGAAGGGUGUUGUGUUCCAUCAAGACAAUGCCAGGCUGUACACAUCUUUGACGACGCGCCAGAAGCUCCGAGAGCUUGGAUCAGAGGUUAUAUCGCACCCGCCGUGUAGCCCAAACCUGGCUCCAAGCCAUUAUCACCUUUUCAAGCAUUUGCAAAAUUUUCUUGAUGGUACAAAACUGGCCUCAAGAGAGGCUGGUGAAAAUGAGCUGGUCAAGUUUUUUACCAAUAGGGACGAGGACUUCUUCAAUCGCGGAAUUAUGAAAUUGCCUUCAAAAUGGACAAAAGUUAUGGAACAAAACGACGCAUAUUUGAUCUAUUAG